AUGCUCUGCCUGCACCCUUCCUAUCCUCAAUUGUGUCGAGACAUCAUUAUGAGUAAAGCACAAUCACCGUACGACUCUCUCCGGAACAUACCGCAGUACUACGACAACUCCGACUCGCGCAACUCUGCGCUCAACCUCAUACUCGCGCUACGGCCAGAAUGGCGGGAAUCUCAGGAUACAAUUGAGUUUGUGAGGUUCACCGACGGCAUUACGAACACGCUUCUGAAAGCGGUGAACAAGCUGCCCGGUCUCUCCAAAGUCGAGGUUGAUGACGAUGCGAUUCUGCUGCGCGCAUAUGGAAAGGGAACAGACGUCCUGAUAGACCGCGAGAAGGAAACUCGCUCCCACUCGCUCCUCGCACGCCACAACCUUGCACCGUCUCUCUACGCCCGGUUUGAAAAUGGUCUCCUAUACAAGUACAUUCAAGGCAGUGUGUGUACGCCCGAAGAUCUGCGUCGGCCAGAAGUAUGGCGAGGGGUAGCUCAAAGGCUGGGGGAAUGGCAUGCCACAUUACCUAUAUCGAGUAUUAGCAGCACAUGUCCUGCACCCGCACAACUCACUUCACACAACAACAAGCGUGCGUCUCUGGCAGCCAUGGCCACACUCACGCCAGGCAAGCCCAUCCCGAAUGUGUGGACUACUAUGCAGAAAUGGAUCCUUGCGCUGCCGACAAGCACCACCGCGCAGUCGGAAAGGAGAGACCAGCUGAUGCAAGAACUCGAAAGCUUAGUUGAGUUGCUAGGUGACACGCCUGGUGUUGGCGGCUCCAAUCCGUUUGUCUUCGCCCAUUGCGACCUACUCUCAGGCAACGUGAUCAUCGAGCCCUCGCCUUCGUCUGCCGCUGCUUCGCGCCGCUCUAGUGCCUCGAGCGCUUCAGACGAGCCCGAGACAGCAGCUGCUACAGUGUCCUUUAUCGACUACGAGUAUGCUACGCCUGCUCCUGCUUCAUUUGACAUUGCAAACCACUUUGCCGAAUGGGGCGGUUUCGACUGCGAUUACAGCGCCAUGCCCACACGCACCAUUCGCCGCGCUUUUCUCCGCGAGUAUCUCCGCAGCUUCAACGCCCAUCAAAACAAGUCGUACAAGGAGGAAGAGCUGCAGGAGCUUUUCGACCAGGUCGAUCGCUUCCGCGGCGUUCCUGGCUUCUACUGGGGUAUUUGGGCGUUGAUUCAGGCUCAGAUCUCUCUGAUCGAGUUCGAUUAUGCGAGCUAUGCUGAAAUCCGAUUAGGCGAGUACUUUGCAUGGAAGAAGACACUUGACGGUGGCAAGGAGACGGAAAAUGAACGCAUGAUACAGAGAGAGAAGAUUUGGGCGCAGGAAGAGUAG